AUAGGCGAGAUUACUCAUACAUCAGGAAGAGGAAGUCGGUGAUGUGUAUAUUCUAGUGUUCUCAGAUGUGCCGACGGGGAGAAAAAAGUCUUACUCUGAAGGUUUUAACUACAUUUUUGUGGUGUUUCAGCUGAAAGUGGAAAAAGUACAACAGAGGGGUAAAUUUAAACAGCUAGCCUACGUUUCCUAAGUUACUGGUGACGGAGAAGGUGUUCUUCAGAUCGGGUUUUCCCUGCUUUCAGCCACUCUUCGGCUCUUCACGCAAGCGUGGAAAUAGAUGGGUUGCUGUUAGCAUCGAAUGAUGGAGGAUUUAACCUGGGCUCAUCAUGGCUGUUGUGACGGAGUUGCGCUACAUCAGCGGCCGCCGGGUCCUCGGAGGAUGGCGCUCGCUGCUGUGCGUGGUUUUCGGCUCCUUGGUGGCCCUCCUGCUGCCCCUGAUUGGGGUGCAGAACCAGUGCUGUGCCUCCCUGAGGGGUAUCGCCCAGCUCCGUUGCCAGCUGUGGGGGAGCUCGCAACCUCCUCCAGCUGUGCAGUCCACCAGCCUGACUGUCCCCUUCACUGCCCUGGACCUGCUGCCUCAGAGGACCAAACCCAGCAAAGAGAUGAAGCUGGAGGCCAAGGCAGCGCUGCAGCAGGCUCUGGAGAUGAAGAAACUUGGGAAAAGGGAGAAGGCUCACAAGCUGCUGGUGCAUGCUCUUAGUAUGAACCCUGACUUUGUGGAUGCUCUGACGGAGCUGGGGACCAUACUGGAGGAGGAGAAGGAUGUCGUCCAGGCGGACCACCUGUACACGAAGGCCUUGGCCCUCUCGCCGUGUCAUGAGAGAGCUCUGGUCAGCAGAGACCGGACCCUUCCCCUGGUGGAGGAGAUCGACCAGCGUUACUUCAGCUUAAUCGACAGUAAAAUGCGCAGGCUGAUGUCCAUUCCCAAGGGUAACUCCGCACUUCGCCGAGUGAUGGAGGAGACCUACUACCACCAUAUUUAUCACACCGUGGCAAUAGAGGGCAACACCCUCACUUUGUCCGAGAUCCGACACAUCAUCGAGACGCGCUACGCCGUCCCCGGAAAGAGCCUGCAGGAGCAGAACGAGGCCAUCGGUGUGGAUGCAGCCAUGAAGUAUAUCAACACCACGCUGCUAUCAAGAUCAGGAGCCAUCACUGUUGGAGAAAUCCUGGAGAUUCACAGACGAGUGCUCGGCUACGUGGACCCCGUGGAGGGCGGUCGGCUGCGGACCAGCCAGGUGUUUGUGGGCCACCACAUCCCACCACACCCCAAGGACCUGCAGCGACACAUGGAUGAGCUGGUGCAGUGGCUCAACUCAGAGGAAGCCCUGCAGCUGCACCCUGUGGAGUACGCAGCUCUGGCCCACUACAAACUGGUGUACAUACACCCAUUUGUAGACGGAAACGGACGCACAUCACGGCUGCUCAUGAACCUCGUGCUCAUGCAGGCGAGGUACCCACCGAUUACUAUUCGCAAAGAGCAAAGGGCAGAGUAUUAUGCCACUUUGGACACGGCCAAUGAGGGGGACGUGCGUCCCUUCAUUCGCUUCAUAGCCAAAUGUACAGAAAUUACACUGGACACACUGUUGAUUUCCACAACCGAGUACGCUGUGGGACUUCCAGAAGCCGACCGGAAGCAGCCCUGUCCCAGCUGCAAACAGACCAUUCCAGUCCACUAAACUGGAGAGUAAAGAAGGGGAGCAUGAGGUGUCACCAUGCAAGGAUACAUUUCAGUCGUCUAAAGGUUUUUCCAUCAAAGGUUCCAUCUUAAAAUGUGCUAAAUCUCCAUGUCCACUGGCCAAAAUCAAGUCAUAAAAUCUUUUGCAAGUAUUUUAUUAAUUUAAGUACAACACGUUUUGACUGCUAACAUGAGAAGUUAUUUUCUUUUAAGCUACAACUAAACAGUUUAAUUUGUCUUGAGGAAAGAUUGUUUUGCUGACACUGCACUUUCAUGUUUUUAUUUAAAAAUAAAUAAGUUUUAUUGUUUCUUUA